AUGUUGGAUAUGGGAGAACGGAAAGAAGUAAAAAUGAUUCCCAAAUCGUCGUUUAGUAUAAACAGUCUGGUACCCGAAGCUGUCCAGAGUGACAACCAUCACAGGACCUUGUCCGAAGAAGAGAAGAUUUCUUUACCUCUAGUGGAGGAGCAGAAGUCGGAGAACACUUGCGCUAAAAGUGACAAUCCUGAACCGACCUGCACGGACGAUAAGGAGAAGCAGGAGGAGAAAAAAGACUCCAAAGAGGGCGACGGUGGUAAAGAUGGCGAAAAGAAAAACGGCAAGUACGAAAAACCGCCUUUUAGCUAUAACGCGUUAAUCAUGAUGGCCAUCAGGCAGAGUCCAGAGAAACGAUUGACGCUUAACGGCAUUUACGAGUUCAUUAUGAAAAAUUUCCCGUACUAUCGGGAAAACAAGCAAGGCUGGCAGAACUCCAUUAGGCACAACUUGAGUCUGAACAAGUGCUUCGUUAAAGUUCCAAGGCAUUACGACGAUCCGGGCAAGGGAAACUACUGGAUGCUGGACCCGUCUAGCGACGACGUCUUCAUAGGCGGGACGACUGGAAAACUUCGGCGGAGAUCGACGACUUCACGGGCAAAGCUGGCGUUCAAGCGGGGAGCGCGGCUCACCUCUACCGGCCUCACGUUCAUGGAUAGAGCCGGCUCACUGUACUGGCCCAUGUCACCGUUCCUUUCUCUGCACCAUCCCAGGGCGGGCAGUGCCUUGAGCUACAACGGCACCUCUUCGGCCUACCCGAGUCACCCCAUGUCCUAUAGCACUAUGUUGACGCAAAAUAGCUUGGGCAACAACCACUCGUUUCCGACCUCGAACGGCCUAAGCGUGGACAGAUUAGUGAAUGGAGACAUUCCGUACGCAACGCAUCACCUGACAGCGGCCGCACUGGCCGCAUCCGUGCCCUGCGGCCUCUCUGUGCCCUGCUCGGGCACCUACUCGCUCAACCCAUGCUCGGUAAACCUGCUGGCGGGACAGACCGGCUAUUUCUUCCCCCAUGUCCCUCAUCCGUCCAUGAGCUCUCAGGGCAGCACGUCCAUGAGUUCACGCGCGGCUUCGUCUUCUUCCCCGCAGGCAGCCAUGUCUCUACCGUGCGAGUCUUUACGGCCCACACUACCGAGCUUCUCAUCGGGACUGUCCGCCGGACUUUCUGACUAUUUCACACACCAGAAUCAAGGCUCUACGUCCAAUCCGCUUAUACACUGACUAGCAUCCCAAGGAUCAAGACUG